AUGGCAACAGUAGACAGUUUUAGAACUCUGCUGCUGGCUCGAUUCUUACUUGGGACUUUUCAAUGUGGUUUUUUUCCUGGAUUUAUCUACUACAUAUCAUUAUGGUAUCGAAGAAAAGAACAAGCUAUUCGACUUGGAUUCUUUUGGUCAUUUUCAGCACUUGCAGGAGCUUUUGGUGGUUUAUUUGCUUAUGGUAUUGCUCAAAUUAAGUCAUCAAAACUAGCUGAAUGGCAACUUAUCUUUAUUAUUGAAGGCAUUCCAACAAUUAUUCUUGCGAUUCUCUGUUGGUUUUAUCUACCAGAUUCACCAGAACAAGCACGAUUCUUGAAUGGUAAACAACGUCAAUUAGAAAUCGAUCGUCUUAUACAAGAUGCUGGUAUAUCUCAUCAUGAUUCAUUUUCCUGGUCACAAGUUUUAUCUGUUUUUACUGAUUGGAAAACAUAUAUUUAUGCUAUGAUAUACAUAUGUGGAACUACUUCGUUGCAAGGUAUAACUCUUGUUUUACCUACACUAAUCCAUGAAAUGGAUCAAUGGACACCAAUCCAAACACAGUUAAUGGCUAUUCCACCCUAUCUUGUAGCAUUUAUAUCUAUAUUAAUUGUUUCACAUAGUUCAGAUUAUUUUGUUGAGCGAUCGUUUCAUCUUGUUUUUACAAAUCUACUGACAAUACUUGGUUUCUUAAUAUUAAUAUUUGUCGAACCACAGCAUGUUUGCAUUCUUUAUGUCGGCGUUGUUUUUGUUACAUCGGGUCUAUUUUCAAAUGUUAGCGUAAAAGUAGCAUGGAUUAAUAAUAAUUUUGCUUCACUAACUCGACGUGCAGUUGCAUUAGCACUCAUCAUUUCAAUAGCUGCUCUUGGUGGAAUCAUAUCAGGGCAGAUAUAUCAAGCCAAAGAUAAACCACGAUAUUUGACGGGUAAUACAGUUGCACUUAGCUUUAUUGUUUUACAAACAAUAUUAAUUGUUAUUCUUCGUCUGGUGUUUUUAUAUAUUAAUCAUCAACGAUCACGAAUGAAUAAUGAACAAAUUAAUCAGCAGAUAGAGCGAUAUGGAGGAAACGAAUUAGUUGGAGAUCGUCAUCCACAAUUUCGAUAUACAUUAUCAGCUCAAUUGACUAUUACCUUAGCAAAUGAGGGACUAGAAGCAUAUAAACCUGAACUUUAUGGUGAAGAAAUUCAAAUUAUUCGAAGAAUCGGCUCUAGACAGUCCGGUUAUAAAAUCUUAGGUGCUAACCGUAAAGUAAUAAGUACACGUAAGGAAACAAUUGAUGAGAUAAUUCAGGCACUAUCAAUAUCUCCUGAAAACCCAUUAUGUGUAUUACAUCAAGAAAUAGCAAAAACAUUUUUAAUAAGUAGUGAUUCAAGAAAAAAAUACCAAUUUUAUAUGAAAGCAUCCCAAUUAAAUCAAAUCAAGCAAGCUUAUGAACAGAGCGUUUGCACUGUUCAGUUGCUUACUCAACGAGUUAAUACUAUGAAAGAGAAACAUGUUGAUAUGCUUCGAGAACUAGAACCAUUAGAACAAGAGGUAAAAAAAAUUGAACUUAGACGUGAUUAUCAAGAGAAAAGGCAUGUAUUAGAAGCUGAGCUUAUUUCAGCUCGCGCUGAUCAAGCACGACAGCAAUUAUUUGAGGUACAAUAUGAAUUAGAUCAAAUAAAAAAGACUAAAGAUGAUAUUGGCGCACAAAUUAUUGAUGCAAAUAAAAAAAUUCUUGAAAUAGAUCAAAGAUUAGAGAAUUAUUCAAUAGAAAAAAGUGAUUUUGAAAAAGAUACAAAUGGUUUAAAUGAAUUAUUAUCACAUUUUUCAAAGCAAAAGCAAGACAUUCAAUAUAGAAUUCAUUCACUUACACAAGACUGUGAAAAUUAUCGUAAAAUUUUAACAGAUGUUGAACUUGAACAAAUAUAUUUACAAAAACAAAUAGAUAAAUAUGAAAAUCUAAGUCACCAAUCCGAUGAUAAUGAACAACAGCGUUUAAAAAUUGAUCAAGAAAUAUCCGAUAGGCAAGAAAAACAAAUCGAAUGGGAUAAAAUAAUAAUGUCAUUAACAGAAGAUAUACGUAUAAAUGAUGAAAAUAUUCGUGAUAAACAAAUAACAAUUGAUUUUCUAACAAAUGAAUUAAAACAAAAACAACAAAAUUUAGAUGAAUUAAUUAAACUUGAUCAAGAUAAAACAAAUGUUUAUGGUAAAUGGAUGCCAGAUUGUUUAAAAAGAAUUCAAAAAGAUCAAAGAUUUCAUAAAAAACCUAUUGGUCCAAUAGGUCUUCAUAUUCAUUGCAUUGAUUCCCAUUGGUCAUAUGCUGUUGAAAAACAUCUUGCACCUAUAAUGUCAUCAUUUAUUUGUACAGAUAAUCAUGAUGAAAAAAUUCUACUUGAAAUACUUUCUUCAUAUUCAUUUGAUCGUCGUCCACCAGUCUAUAUUCGAGCACAUACAACUAAAGUUCAUGAUGUAUCUGGAACAUUGAAACAUAUUAAACAAGCAAAUCUUUUAUCGAUUUAUGAUGUACUAAAAAUUGAUAAUAUAACUGUUGAAUGUGCAUUAAUUGAUUUUAAACAAAUUGAAGCUACUAUUUUACUUGAAAAUUUAGAGGAAGUUAAACAAUUACGACAAAGUGAAACAUUACAUUGGGAAAAAAUUGAUAGAAAAGUUAAACAAGUUGUUGAAGCAUGGACAUCGGAUGGUUCUAAUAUUAAAUUUGAUAAAACAUUUCGUAUAUAUACAAAUGAUAAACAAUCAAUUAAAUAUUUUUUCACACAUAAUAUAGAAUCAUUAUCAAUUGAUGAAUUAGAAAAUGAUAUAAAACGUCCACAUAGCCAAAUUCAAGAAAUGAAUACAUCAAUAAAUGAAUUAAAAACAAUUCGAAAAACAAAAAUGGAUGAAAUAAAUCAAACGAAAAGAGCAAGUACAAACAAUAAGAAGAAAAUUAAAGAAUUAAUGAAGGUAAUUCAAGAUAAAAGAAAAUAA